CUGCAUAUAAUUGGAGGAAAUUAACCAAUAACGAGUCUUCUUGCGUCUGGCUAACCGGGGAUGAAGUUGUUUACUGGCGAAUGCUAAGAAAAGUUAGAAGAAAACUACGCUUUUCACAGCUUCCUCAGGCUAUCGAAUUUAGCAUCCUUCCGGAGACAGAAUAAACCAUAAAUAAUGAAAUUCCUCACAAUUGCCUUCUUAGCCUUCCUAGCUUUAGUGGCAGCUCUUCCAAAGGUUAAACGACAAGCUUACUUCUUACCCGAAGAAGCAGAAGCCAUCAUAGGAGCUCCUAUAGUGAAGACGUUCAACUGUGAAGAUAAAGGAAGAGGAUACUUCGCAGAUCAGGGGAUGGAUUGUAAGAUUUUUCACAUCUGUCAUCCCUCACCUAAUGGUGUUCUUCAGUACAGUUUCCUGUGUGGCAAUCAAACCAUUUUUAAUCAAAUUAGCUUGACUUGCACCCACCCAGACGAAGCGGUUCCUUGUCAAGAUGCUCACAAUUACUACUUCAUCAAUAGAAGAUUCUCUGUCAGAAAGAUAAUCGCAUCCAACAACAAUAACGACAUCGAAUGAAAUCACUCGUUACAAAUUGAUUUUUUAAAAAAUAAAAAAAUUAAUUAAGUUUUGUUAAUGAAAAUUGAAUUAAAUUAAAUAUCAUCUUCGAUUUUUAAGAAUGAUGAGGUCGAAUGUAUGAGAAAUUGCAGGAUUUUUAAUGUAAUAAAUUCAGAUUUAAUAAUAAAAAU